GGCUCGACGCUGUGUGCGGGGCAGAUCGCAUCGCAUCGCAUUCCGACGCGAGCGAGAUGUAACCGCCGUGGCGGAGCUCACGUCCCCCGAACCGUCCCCUCAGUCGCAGUUCGGAAGGGGGUGAAAAAUGUCCGGCGCGAGGGAGUCCCACGCUUGUCCCGACGGCUACAGGGCUCUGAGCACGAGCGAGCUGAGGGAGCUUCUACAGGACGACGACAAAAUGGACCGGAUCAUUCGCCUCAAUGAGACGUUUCAGGAGCUUCAAGUGGACAGGGAGACACUGCUGACCACCAACCGGAGCUUGGCCGAGGAGAGCCUCGCCCAACAACCCCGCCUUAAUAACGGCAAACUCCAGUUGGCGGACAAAUACCGGGAACUGUCCAACCUGGCAGCCACAUGCUGGGAAAAACAGAGUCAGCUUGGGGCUCAUGUCCAGAAGCACAGCCUGCAGACAGUGCAGAACCUCCUGCAGGAAGAGGUGGCACGCGCCGAGGAGCAUUCAGAGGAGCUGCUGGAGAAGUUCAUGGAGGGAAACGUAAGCCUGGAUGAGUUCUUGGACUCCUUCCAGAGCUCCAGGAAGACGUAUCACAUCCGCCGGGCGCAAGCGGAGAAGACGCAGGAGAUCGCUCAAGCCAGGCGGCAGCCGGGUAAAACCAAGAGAGCGGAGGAGGGUCGAGUCCCGGAGGUGAGAAAAGACUCGGAGCAGCCUCAGGAGCCUCAGCGGCCCAACGGCUUCGUAGCGCAAGGACCUUUAAGAGUGUUCCAGGUACGCUACGGCCUCACGCCGGCCAUCCUCCUCCCCCACUACCCCGUGUCUCCAUCUGCCUCAGCCCCAGGCCAUCAAAGUAGCACCCCCCCACCUGAACCCCAGCUGGGGCAGACCCACAUCCUCAGCCCCAGCACCCCACUUCCAGGACACGCCCAGCCGGUCGGCCUCAGGGUCAUCGGACAGCUCUCGGGGGGCUGGCCGGCUAACGGGAGGCCGGUGAGGGUGCAGCAGCUUUACAGGCCGAACCCCCAACAGCCCGAGCCGCCGUUCCGAUAAAAGCUCGAGGGGGGUGACGAAGAAAAGCCGGUUUGAGGGGUCUUCCGAGACGUGGAACCAAACAGUGGCUGUCACAAUCAUGUAAGCAAAGACUGAUCCAGAGGCAGGCAGCGCUGCAGACGUCCGUUUCUGUUCUCCAUCCAUGACACACAAACGUAACCAUCAGAGGAAGACGAGCAGAGCAGAGAUAAAGAGCUGGCAGAUGACAGAGACAAGGAGGACUGGGGAUGGGGUUUGAUAGCCAGUUCCGUUUUGGAUCCGGUGAAAUACUCCGCAUUCGCUAAGCUCCAACCCUAACAAAUCUCACAUCAAAUCUUUUAUCUCGCCUUGUUCUUUUUCAGCAGUGAAGAAAUGGAAAACGUAUAGACUGGAUAAGGAUAAGGAAGUUUUGAGACCAUAAAUAAGUUAAACAUCCUCACAAUUUCCUUGUGCAGUGGCAAAACAACACACAGACUAAAGGUAAUCUGGGGAAAUAUUGACUGCGAUGGCGGAAACAGUAUUAUUUUUUAUCGUGUUUAGUCACUUGGUGUAAGGUAUUAAUGUGAGGACAUUUCAUUUUACAACAUAGUGAGUUACAGACAAACCUCAUUAGACAGAUAAAACAAAAUAUGCUGCAAAAUCUGAAUUAAACAAAAAAUACAAUUUCAAAAACACAAAUAGCUUUUUACAUACAAUCAUGGUAAAGAGUUCAACAACCUAAACCAACACAAUAGAUGUUUGAAAAUAAAUUUAACCUAAACUUAAUGAGGCCAACAGAUAAAAAUUCUUAAAUACCUCAGAACAUCAACAGAGAUCACUGUUUUUCUGCAGAAAAGAUUUUAAUUCACAGAGACACCACAUUUUGCAAUUAGCAGCUCUUUUAGCCAGUUUAGUGCAGACUUCAGGCAUUCUUGGGGGGGGGGCGUAGCUGUUCACACUUUUUCGUGGGUUGAAUGUACACAGAUGAGGGUGGCUGUAAACCAAAAAGGGCUGUAUAGACGAGUCCUUAGUGCCGCCGUUACUGCAGUGGCAGAGUGAAAACGCAGACAUUGACGACGACGGUUAAAGCAGAGAUGUUUGGGUUAAUCGCUGCUGAGUCUGUGUAAAUGUGGAAGUUAUUGGGUUUCAAAACACUAGUCUGAAAUUGG